AUGGACCCACGGUAUUGUGCUCAAGACAUCCUACGAUGUGACAUUUGCAGGAACCAUGUAGUACAGAGUCAUUGUCAACUUUGCCAAGUUAGCUUCUGUACAGCUUGUAUACGAGAGCAUAUCUCUGAUUCAACCAUUAAACACAGAGUCGUACCAUAUACAGAAAAAAACUCAACCCCUAACUAUCCAAAAUGUCCAAGCCAUUUGAAUAAUUGUGAACUUUACUGUGACAAAUGUGACAUUCCUAUCUGUACUACAUGUAUCUCCUCCGGUAACCAUAAAGGACACUAUUUAUCAGAUGUUUUACAAAAACUCAGCUCCAAAACAAAAGAUAUGGAAACAGACUUGAGAGAACUUGAGGUUAGAAUUUACCCAAAAUAUAAAGAAAUUGUAUCAGGCAUAAAAACUAAGAAAGACAACCUGGAAAAACACUAUGGGGAAUUGACAACAGCUGUCAUCAAACAAGGGGAAGACUGGCAAAGAGAAAUUAACGUCAUUGUCAACAAACAAAAAUCUGAAAUUGAUGAGAUGAAAACAAAACACCUGGCUGUUCUAAAUAAACAGGAACAAGAAAUCACUCAAAUGACCUCAGAUCUGAACCAGAGCAUUCUUGAUCUGAAGAAAAUUCUUGAAUCCAAUAAUAUCUUCUUAGCCUCUGUAUACAAAUCCAGAAAUGCAGAGUUCAGACAUUUACCUCCAGAAGUCAGUGUUUCAUUACCAAAUUUUUCUCCUCAGAAGAUCAACACGGAACAUCUCAAUCAAAUAUUUGGCUCUCUGUCAGCAUUAUCUAUUACAACUGAAGAAUACGGUUACACAAUGAAGACACCAGAAGAUGUAUCCUGUCCACCAGUCAAACCACUGCUUGAUGAACCAGAGCUCAUCACCACCAUAGACACAGGGUAUGACAACCUAUACAGUUUAGCCUGUCUCAAUGAUGAAGAAGUCUGGACAAUGAGGUAUGGCAAAGUCAUGAGACUUUACAACCUCCAGGGUAAACUAUUGAAGUCAAUCAAAACCAAGUCGGGAAAAAGACCAGGUGACAUUACAGUGACGAGGAGUGGAGAUCUAGUUUAUACUGACCGUGAAACAAGAACUAUAAACAUGGUGAAGAAUGAACAGAUACAGGAAGUGAUUAGGUUACAGGGAUGGGAACCUUGCAACAUCUGUAGUACCUCCUCUGGUGACCUCCUGGUUACCAUGGAUAGUGAUGAUUCUACACAAUCAAAAGUUGUCCGUUACUCUGGCUCCAUAGAGAAACAAACUAUUCAGUUUGAUAGUAAAAAUAUACCUCUGUAUUCAUCUGGUUCUUUUAAAUACAUCAGUGAGAACAGAAACCUGGAUAUCUGUGUGGCUGAUUGUGUAGCCAAAGCAGUAGUGGUGGUUAAUUACGCAGGAAAUCUUCGAUUUAGAUACACUGGUCAUCCCUCUACUAAUAAGAGAUCAUUUGAUCCACGUUGCAUCACAACUGACAGCCAGAGUCAAAUCCUCACAGCUGACUUUUUUCUAAAUUGUAUCCACGUCCUACAUCAGGACGGUCAGUUCCUUCGUUAUAUUGAUAACUGUGAUGUGUUCCAUCCAUAUGGUUUAUGUGUAGACCCUAAAGACAAUCUCUUUGUUGCUGAGUGGGGCAGUGGUAAAAUAAAGAAAAUUAAAUACAUCAUUGAGAACAGAAAUCUUGAUAUCUGUGUGGCUGACAAUGGAGCCAGAGCAGUAGUGGUGGUCAAUCAGGCAGGACAACGUCGAUUUAGAUACUUCGGUCAUCCCUCUAAGAGUUUAUUUGAUCCAGUCGGCAUCACAACAGACAGCCAGAGUCAGAUCCUGACUGCAGACUAUGACAACAACUGUAUCCACAUGCUAGAUCAGGACGGACAGUUCCUCCGUUACAUUGAUAACUGUGACCUACAUGAUCCAUGGGGUUUAUGUGUAGACACCAGAGACAACCUCUUUGUUACUGAGUGUGACAGUGGUAGAGUGAAGAAAAUCAAAUACAUGUAAACAUUGCAUUAUAUCAAGAAAUAAUUGUGAAUUA